UUUUCAGAGAAAGUAAUAAAGUGGGAAGUUCACAUGAAGCUCCAACUGCCAACCCAACAACCAAAAGAUCUAAAAACAGACGUGAUCCUCGUAGACAUACCGUCGCUAAUGGUAUAGACUAUAAUAUGUUGAAACGAAUGAAAGAGUUAGAGCAAGAAAAAGACACGUUUUUACAAGGACUCGAAGUUGUUGACAGAGCCAGAGACUGGUAUCAUAAACAAAUUGUUACAAUAAAAGAUAAACAAAAAUAUUUUAAUAGAACUUCAACAAGUAAUGACUUGUCUUCAGAAACUCGUAAUGAAAGAGUAAAAUUCCAGAAAUCCAGAAUCUUGGAAUCAAAUCGACAGUUAACAGCUCUCAUGGAAAGCUCUGAUAAG